UGUUUUCGCCGUUUAGAUAAUCAAAACUCAGUAAUUCAAUUGUUUUUAUUAGUAGUAAUUAUUUGUGUACAGUGUUUCAUGAGUUGUGUUAUAAGUCAGAACCAAGCCGCUCCAUACGAAAUGCAGGAUUUUAUUGACUACAUUACUCGUAUACUUAAUAUUUUUGUAUAGAGGACAUCGGUGUAUGUCAUAAUCAUACAAAGUUAAACGCAAUAUUAAGGUCAUAUUAAGAUAAACAAUAUGUAAAGAAGAUUGAAUAAUAAGUAAGAGUCAAGUAGGUUUUCCGAGAAACCUAUACUCAGAAAGCAUGGUGACAUAAAGAAGUAAAACACUCGGAAAAACACAUACAUACAUAACAAUAAAUUGAUAAUAAUUGCAGAAGAAAAUGGCAGCAACUCAAGAUGUUUCAACCGACUACCAAUACACAAUAGUAGACAUGCUCAACGCAGACUGUUGGCGCGAAAUCCUUGGCUACAUACCGGUUGAAGAAAUAAUCAGAUCUGAGCGCGUUAGUCGAAGAUGGCGGGAUCGAAUGAUUGAGUAUAUGCAAGGUGUGAAUCUCUCCGUAGAAUACCUAAGACCCUGCAUCAUCAACAUCCUAAGCUGGGACCGGCACCCGAACAGCAGGCACCUAACCCUGGACCGGGAAGACCAAGCCGGGAAGACCUGGUUCGAAGCGAUGCUGAGCAAACUCGGUGCAAAUAUCGUUUUCAUUGGUUCGGACAGGCUUGUGGACUAUGACAUAGCUAGCAUUGUGUGGCACUGCCCUAAUUUGGAGAUACUUUUGCUAUGCAGCAUAGAAUACUAUCUUCCCUUGGACCAGUUGAGAUGUUGCAAACGGCUAAAACGGAUAUCAUUGCACACAUGCACGAUACCAGACGAAUAUAUAUGCCAGCUAUUAAGCGUUGUCCCCAUCGAGGAAUUAGUGAUAAACAAUGCUAGUUAUGUAUCUGGUAUGUUCCUAUCUGAGCCCAAAACGACUAAACUGAAGUCUCUGACCAUAUCGGCUUGCUAUCUGCUGAUGACGGAUUUCUUUAGGACCGCUGUAGAUUUGGAGGAAUUGACGAAGUUAGAGUUGACUCUUAAUAGUGUUGAGGUAUACAGAAACGUCCAUCUCCUUCUCCGGAACACGCCAAACUUAGAAAAUCUAAAACUAGUGUCUUUCGACAAAAAAAUCAACGUAGGCAGUGAGUUUUCAAACGCCCUCAGUGGUUUGAGUAAAUUGAAGCAUUUCUAUGGGAGGUAUAUAAAUAACUCGCACGAAGGUUGGCUGGAAGAUGUCGCUGUUGGUUGCAAGGAGUUAAUAAGUUUGGAUGUUGGGAACUGUACAGGUGUCACGGCAAGCAGCGUGAUCGCUCUGUGCCGGUCCGCGGGGCCAAAUCUAACAGAGCUCGGGGUCGCUUGGAACACUGAGCUUACUGACAGCGAUCUGGCGACUUGUUUAAAAUACUGCCCUAAUUUAGAGGUCCUAGACGUACAAGGUUGUGUGCAAGUGUCAACGCAGCUAGUGGAAUGUGCAAUAAAACGGGCUCGGCCGUUGCGACUGCGGCUCCGGAGAACAAAAGUACCAUACGAUAUGAGGUCAAAAUCUCCAUGGGUGGAUCUCGACUUCGAAUACUAAGAUUACUAAGUAAUCAGAUCAGAAGACUUACAGCGUCAAGAAAAUAUGUACUCCCAUCUUAAACGCCGGCAGUGUACGCAGAGUUUUAAGUAAUAGUUUGACGAGGGCAAGAACAAAAUAAUGAAAUCAGAAUAGAAAAAUAAACUUAUUUUGUACUUACGAUAAAUCUUUACUAGAAUGUUGAAUACUUACUUCCAUUUCAAAUACAAAGCCUCGAUAGUACCUACUUGAAACCAAAGAGGAUUGAGUUUCUAGAGAGUUACUGCCAAAGAAAAAUGUGUAGUCACAGUGCAUAGACUGCCAUAUCGAUCACAGGCUUUAAACUUUUGAACCUCAG